AUGUCGAGUCGUGCGCUGCGACGAUUAAAAGGCAAGCAGAGGGGACAGGAGGCCAUCGACAUCGGAGACCUGAAACUCAACAGUGAAGAGGCAGGAGGAGCGGAGUUAGAGGAGGAGAAGGACGAAGAGCUGGACGAAGUGUUAGAGCCGGCCAAAGCCAGCAGUAGCCGGAGAGCCAAGAAGAGCAAAUCUCAGAAAAACAUCAGCAAUAUUUAUGAACUGAUAGGCGAAAUUGACAACGAUGUGGACACAAAUCCCACCGACGAGGAGAGUGUUUUGGCAGCGAGAAGCCCGGAGGAGAGCCGUGUCAGCCCUGAACUACCGAAGCAAGAGACAGAGACUCCAAAGUCUGAUGGUGACAGGAAACUGAAUAAUAAGAAAAAAAAGAAGCGGAAGAAAAAAAAGGCUUCUGCUGGGGAUGUGCAGGAGGAAUCAGGUGCAGGGGACGACAUAGAUGCAUUGUUGGAAACCAUAAAAAAGACCAAUGGCCUGUCACAUACGAGUGAGGACUGUGGAGCUCCAGGCUAUAGACCUGUGCUGUAUGUGGAACACAGGAAUCUUAAUUCAGAGAAUGAACUGAAGAGAUAUUUUGGAGCUCGGGCUGUUCUAGGAGACCAAAAGCCAAGACAAAGACAGAGACAGUUUCACCGCAACACAUGGAUGACCACACCCAAAGACACUUGGCCUCGCUUUAGCCGACCAGGUAUUUCUAUGAGCCUGCUGGAGUCCAAAGACGGUCUCCAGUUCUUUGUGUUUGAGCACAGUCGUGAUUACCAGCAGGUCCAGUUCAAAUUCUUUGAUGCUGUGGAAUCCAUGGAUCCUAAUAACAUUGUGGUUCUCCUGCAGCUCAACCCCUACCAUGUUGACUCAUUACUGCAACUUUCUGAUGUCUGUCGCAUCCAAGAGGACCAAGAGACUGCCAGGGAUUUGAUUGAGAGGGCUUUGUACAGCUUUGAGUGUGCAUUCCACCCAGUUUUCAGUUUGACCUCAGGUACCAGCAGGUUGGACUACCGCAGACCAGAGAACAGAGCCUUUUAUCUAGCAGUUUAUAAGCAUAUGAUGUUCCUGGAGAAGAGAGGCUGUCCCCGCACUGCUCUGGAGUACUGCAAACUCAUUCUGAGUUUGGACCCAGAUAAUGAUCCUCUGUGUAUGCUGCUGCUGAUUGAUUUCCUGUGUCUGCGCUGUCGGGAGUAUGCUUCCCUCAUCCGACUUUAUGAGGAGUGGAAGGUCCAUCGUAACCUCUCCCAGCUGCCUAACUUUGCCUUCUCAGUAGCGCUGGCUUGCUACCAUCUGAGUCAGCAGGAGGAGACUACAUCUGAUGAGAGCCAGCGCAUGAAAGUUAAAUCAGACAUAAUGCUGCAGGAAGCUCUUAUCAUGUUCCCAGGAGUGUUGAUGCCUUUAUUGGACCUGUGCACAGUCCAGCCUGAUGCAGCUGUCUCUUCCCAUGCAUUCUUUGGACCUAAAAGCCGUUUUGGGCAGCCCCCUGCUCUGACAGAGCUGGAAGGGCUUUAUGUGGGUCGCUGUCACAGCCUCUGGAAGGAGGCAGGAGUGAUGCUUUGGAUGGAGGGCAAUGUUCGUGAGGUGCUGAAAAGGGUUGAUUCACAGGAUCCCUUGGUGGAUGACUGCCAAAACAAGAGGAAGCAGCGGUACCAGAGUGCUCCCAGGAGCAUCCACAGGCAUGUGCUUCUGUCUGAGAUUAAAGAGGCCACAUCUACACUGCCUCUGGAAGUGACCACACAGCCAGUGAUGAGUUAUGACCCGCUCCCCCCUCUGGAUUCUAUAAUGUCCUACACAAGACCAGAAAGGCAGAAUGCACGAGCCUCUAAUGAGAGCACUUUAUCUCUGUUGUUCCGCUCUCUGCUGCCGAACUUCAACCUGCAGGGUGGACAGAGGCCUGAGGAUGACCUGGAAGUGGCCAGGGCUGGACGAGAACUGAACCAAGAAGUGAAUCGACUGAUGGUGGCUAUGAGGGAUAUGCUGGCUAAUAUCCAGUUCCAGGAACCACAGAGGGAGGACAACCCAGAUAGGGAUGAAGAAGAGUGGGAUUGAGAAAGGCCCUACUAGUAGAAGAGGAGAAAAUACUAUGGUGAGAGGUUGAGGUAUAAAUUAGUGUGUUGGAGAGAGGUCUUGGAUUGGAGGUGGAUAGAGAUAAAGAGGAAUUAAUUUAAUGGAGGACCUGUACUUUUGCAGGCUGUAUAUUUCCAUCUUUUGUCCCUGCAAAGAUUAAACCUUAUGCUCUCGUAACAAUCCAAAAUUGCCUAUGCCCUGAGUACUUAAGACCUUAAGAGAACUCCCCAUGUUUAUAUGAUGCUCUUUGUCUGACCCUCUGGUCAUCUGAAUCUAAAGGAAGGCAUUCAUCAAGCCAUAAAAUCUUACUCGUUUCACAAGCACUUUGAAUAGAAGCAUUAUUUUGGCUUGGUGUUCCAAUGACAUUUUUUGUCUUUGCAACCUAAGAGAACACAUCAGAAGGUCAGUGUUCAAACUAAAUAGAGAUUCCUUAUUUCUGCUGACAGAUCAGAGACAGAUAAGAUCAUGACAUAAUAGCAUGCGACGGUGCUGCUUACUGAUUGCAAAUAUAGCAGCAUACCUUUCAUCUACAGUUUCAGAUGUGAACAAAAGUUCCAGCUUCAAAGGGAAAACGACUUUUGUGGUUGAGAAACAAAUUAAAUUUGUUGUGAACAGAUCAUAUCUAAAA